AUGUCUCAAGAAGAAGAAAUUCCGAAGUCGGAAGCUUUGGCAGCCAAAGCCAAAUCCAAAAAGCGCCCCAGAGAUGAUGACGGUGGUAGCCGGAAGAAGAAGAAGAAGAGGAACGGCUAUGAGCAGGAUGAUAGUCUCUUGGAUACUGAGCUUGGUGUGAAUACCGGCAUUGCUCUUAUGGACUCUCAGCUUUUGGCCGACCACCUCGCACAGAGGACAACUAGAUUCGGUACGGAUUUAAGUUCCGUUGAGCUGGCAGAUCUCUAUAUUUCACCUGGCUCUAUACAAGAUACAACGUCAUGGCAGGAACCUAGGACACUAGCGAAAUUGCCCGAAUUCUUGGAGAAGCAGGUAAAGGAUCCAAAGGACCUUGUCAAGGCACCUAAGCAGAAGGGUGCCCCCCACACGAUCAUUGUGGCUGGCGCUGGUCUCAGAGCUGCCGAUGUCGUGAGAUCACUGAGAAAGUACCAGUCCAAGGAGAACAGCGUCGCUAAAUUGUUUGCCAAACACAUCAAAAUUGAUGAGUCGACGCAAUUUCUCAAGUCUCACAAGACUGGUUUGGCUGUAGGAACUCCACAAAGAUUGAAUGAUCUUGUCGAGAAUGGCUCUUUGUCAUUGGAGAAUCUGGAGAGGCUCGUGAUCGAUGCUUCCCACAUCGAUCAAAAGAAAAGGGGCAUCCUUGACAUGAAGGAGAUUACUAUGCCUCUGAUGAAAUGGCUCACGAGAAGUGAGUUCAAGGAAAGGUACACUGCAGAAAAUAAGCCAUUGCAGUUGCUUUUCUACUAG